UUUCUCUCUGACAGAUAAACCCGGGAUUAAGGAUAUUGUGCUAUUGUCUUCCACUUUGACCUCCUGUCCCUCCGAGGCAAACAACAAGUUGACUUUAAUGCAUCGGCAAUCGAAAAUAAGCCGCACUUUCUUUCCGAUCGUCCAUGGACCCUACGAGCAGCAGAGGCGGCCGCAACUUGACACUGCAGAGUAGGAUGCCCAACAUAAAGGUGUUUAGCGGGUCGUCGCACCCCGACCUGGCCCACAAAAUCGUCGAUCGGCUCGGCAUCGAUCUCGGCAAAGUGGUCACCAAGAAGUUCAGCAAUUUGGAGACGUGCGUGGAGAUCGGCGAGUCAGUGCGCGGAGAGGAUGUUUAUAUUGUGCAGAGCGGCAGCGGCGAGAUUAAUGACAACCUGAUGGAGCUGCUCAUCAUGAUUAACGCGUGCAAAAUCGCGUCAGCCUCUCGGGUAACCGCCGUCAUCCCCUGCUUCCCGUACGCCAGGCAGGACAAAAAGGACAAGGCUGGAUUAGAGGGGAGGAAAGAGGAGGCGAAUAAGCCCUCCCCGCAGCAGACCCGGCUCAAAACGAAUGAAUGGAAAUUCAGGAGUCGGGCGCCGAUCUCGGCCAAGCUGGUGGCCAACAUGCUCAGCGUGGCAGGCGCCGACCACAUCAUCACGAUGGACCUGCACGCCAGCCAGAUCCAGGGCUUCUUCGACAUCCCCGUGGACAACCUGUACGCCGAGCCGGCCGUCCUCAAGUGGAUCAAGGAGAACAUUCCCGAGUGGCGCAACUCCAUCAUCGUCUCGCCAGACGCCGGCGGUGCCAAAAGAGUGACUUCAAUCGCGGACAGACUAAACGUCGAGUUCGCGCUGAUCCACAAAGAGCGGCGCAAGGCGAACGAGGUUGCCUCGAUGGUGCUGGUCGGCGACGUGCGCGAAAAGGUUGCCAUCCUGGUCGACGACAUGGCCGACACGUGCGGCACCAUCUGCCACGCGGCCGAAAAGUUGAAGGACGCCGGCGCGACCAAGGUGUACGCCAUCCUGACGCACGGAAUCUUCUCUGGGCCGGCCAUAUCACGAAUCAACAACGCCAGCUUUGAGGCUGUCGUCGUGACCAACACCAUUCCUCAGGAAGAGCACAUGAGGGACUGCUCCAAGGUCCAGUGCAUCGACGUGUCGAUGAUGUUUGCCGAAGCGGUGCGGAGAACACACAACGGCGAGUCCGUCUCCUACCUCUUCUCCAACGUGCCAUACUAAAAGAGAUACCAAAAAAAUCACUUUCGACGCAAUCUAAGCUGCAGAAAUGACUGAUAUAUCAUGUUAAUAUACAUAAUAUUAUAAAACGAACGGCAACACACCUCUAAGUAGAAAAAGAAGAAGAAUAAUUAUAAUUUCAUACACACGCCAUUGUACCGUCCCUUAGCCUGGACACUCAAUUAAAAAAAAAAAUAACUCGCUCGUCCGGUGGGGGAAAUACUCAAAAAAUGGAUGGUUUUUAACGUGUAAAAAAGGCGAUAGUUACAAAUGUUUCACUUUCUUUUUUGGGAAUAUAUAUAUAUAUAGUUACGUAAUUCACUUGCACGCAGACUAGUUUUGUGUGCCGAGCGAAUAUUGUUACACAUUGAGAUUUGCAUUUGCCACGCGCUAUAUUCUUAUGUUCUAGCAUUUAGUUGUCAUCACUUAGUUGGCAAGGAAAUAAUCAAUCAAAAGAAAAUAAAUAAAACGAAAACGACUCUGAAAAGCAA